CGACGACUUCCGUAGAUGAUGAUGCUUAUCCCGUGUCUUCAAUAACAAUGACCUCUAAAAAACCUCCUAAGAAGGUAUAUCCAAUCACAACGUUUAUCUCAGACCUACCGACCAGUCUCAUCCCACAAGCUUAUCCCUCAUCUGUGGAAAAUGGCUCUCAGAGCCGACGUUUGGUUAUUGUGGGUGACGUACAUGGAAUGAGAAAGUCCCUAGAAAAUCUCCUUGACAAAGUAGGCUUUAACAAAGCAAAUGGAGAUCAUCUUGUUUUGGCUGGCGACAUUACCAACAAAGGGCCCGACAGCUCUGGUGUUGUUGAUUUAGCGAUCAAGCUAGGCGCCAGCGCAGUAAGAGGCAAUCACGACAAUGCAGUUCUCGAUGCGGCAGCCGAGAUCGCCGCUAAUGGUGGUCUUGAACAAUUCAAAAGCUUGAUUGAGACAUUGGCUACACCUGAUACUCCUCGAGAAGAUCUGCCCAAGGACAAUGUCUCUACCCAAGGCUCGGAGAAGAGCGGACCUGCUACAACCGACAUUACUCUGCGACAUGGUGCAAAAACAUAUAGAACGGCACUCCAGCUUUCUCCCCAUCAAAUUGAAUGGCUUGCCAAGUUGCCGUUGAUCUUGCGCAUCCAGCUACCUCGGGAUGUAUCAUCCUCCCUCGGUAGCAACCUUGUUGUGGCGCAUGCGGGCCUCGUUCCAGGUGUCCCACUUGAAGAGCAGGACCCUCACGCUGUACUGCAUAUGAGAAGUCUGACUCGCAAAUCGGACAAGGAAGAUGAAUUCAUGCCAGAAGAAUCCGCUGGAGAAGAAGGCUGGGCUUCGGAAUGGGACCGAUGGCAAGACAAGCUUACAUCACGGACUACUGUGGUAUUUGGACACGACGCAAAGCGCCGGUUGCAGCUUGGCAGAUGUACCAUUGGGCUGGAUACGGCAUGCGUAUACGGGAAUCAACUCAGUGCGCUUGUGAUCUCGUUCAACGACGCCAAAAUCAAGCAUCAGAUUAUCUCAGUCGAUUAUGCUGAUAUACCUGUGGCCCCAGCAGCACCAAUCAAGGAAGAAAACAAGACGGCGAUUGAUAAGUAGCGUGGGCAUAUAAAAUAGCUGUCCUGACAUUCAAUUCUCGGAAGAAUGAUAAUUCAUGUCUUUUAGAAGCUGUUUCUCUAUUUGGAAUGAUAUGCGCUCUGGUCUCGCUGUGAUCAUCCAGGAUUUACUCGGAUGCCAAUUGCCAGUCUACAUACCGUCAAGUGUAACUUGCAUCAGAUAAUGGAAUACCAGUCCUGUGAUAAACCUUGAAAAACUCAAUGUGAACAAGUAUCCAUUUAUCGAAUAUAACAAAUUAAAAAAAAG